AUGCGAACUGUAACACGAGAUAUCGGCAGGUACAAUGCAAUCGACCAGAUCGAUGAUGUCCAAGAGGAUUUCGGAUGGAAGCUAUUGCACGGGGAAGUCUUUAGGGCACCAGAGCGUCUCAUGCUUCUUUCGGUAGCCAUUGGGAGCGGAGCUCAGAUUGUGGCUAUGGCUACUGUCACACUUGUCUUUGCGCUGUUCGGUUUUCUAUCGCCUGCAAACCGAGGCAGUUUAUCUACUGUGAUGAUCGUGACUUGGACUCUGUUCAGCUACGUUGCUGGUCAUGCCAGUACGCGAAUGUAUCAAACCUAUGGCGGAUUAAGUUUCAAGCAAAAUAUGAUUUUGACUGCUUGCUUGUUCCCCACGAUUCUCUUUGCCGUGUUGAAUGUUUUGAAUUUUUUCCUCGUCGCCUCCGGUGCAGCGGGAGCCGUUCCAUUUGGUACGAUGCUUGCGAUCAUUGUGAUGUGGUUUUUAAUCUCUCUGCCUCUGGCGUUGGCUGGUUCUAUCAUGGCAUCUCGGAAAGGACCGUUGCGCAUUCCCGUCAGAGUUAACCAAAUCCCUAGACAAAUACCACCAACAGUCUGGUACAUGAGGUUUUGGCCUUCUGCGCUUAUGGCCGGGAUUUUGCCAUUCGGAGCUGGAUUCAUUGAAUGUUACUUUUUGUUGUCUUCAUUGUUCGGGAAUAAAGUUUAUUACGCUGCCGGUUUUUUGUUCUUAACAUUUACGGUUGUUGGCUUGACUACAGCAACAGUGACAGUGUUGAUGUGCUACUUUCAUCUCUGUCAAGAAGAUUAUCGGUGGCAUGAGAGAGCAUUUGUGACUGGCGGUGCGAGUGCAUUUUGGUUGAUCGCCUAUGGCCUGCUUUAUGCGACUAGGUUAUCUCUACACGGAUUCACGUCGAUCGCCCUUUAUCUUGGUUAUUUGAUGCUACUUGCUUUACUAGACUUUUUGAUGACCGGCUCCAUUGGAUAUGUCGCUACAUUUUUCUUUGUCAAAAAGAUUUACAGCAGAGUUAGAAUUGACUAA